AACCCCAAGAACCAGAGGUCGUCGUCGUCGUCGUCGUCGUGGAUUGCGCCUGAUCAGGCCAUUCGCCAAGAUCCUGAUACUGAAAACAAAGAUUUGCUCGUGAGAGAAUCCUGUGGAAGUCAGGAACGAAAAGAAAAGUUAGAGUACUUCAUUCAGGCAAUGGCUCAUUUUGACAAAUCCAUCGAGGUUCAGAUCCAAGCGCUUCAAAAUUUGAAAAAGAGCCUUACUGAGUGCGUUGAUAAAGACAAGGACCCGUGCAAAAUCGAAGAGGGUCUAUUUUUGGGAUCCGUCGGCGCUGCAAAUAACAAGGAUGCCCUUAAAAUUAAUGUGACGCACAUAUUAAUCGUGGCUAGUAUUUUGAAACCUGCAUAUCCAGAUGAUUUCAUGUAUAAAGUAAUUACAGUCCCGGAUAAAGUCGACACAAACAUAAGAGAAUACUUUGAUGAGUGCUUUGAAUUUAUUGAUGAAGCCAAGAGAUUGGGUGGAGGUGUGCUGGUCCAUUGCUUCAUUGGAAAAUCUAGAAGUGUUACAAUCGUUGUUGCUUAUCUCAUGAAAAAGCAUGGCAUGAGCCUUUCUCAAGCUUUGGAACAUGUGAAGAGCCAACGGCCACAAGCAUCUCCUAAUUCUGGUUUCAUUUCACAACUGGAGGACUAUGAGAAAUUUCUGCAAGGUGCCUAA